UUCUAUGCUUCAAUAGCUUUCCUCGAGCGCUUUUAUUACAAUAUUUCAUUCCAGUUUAAGGCCUUCGUAGACAAAGAUGGAAACAAUGCUGGGGAUUAUGAUGCACUCGUCUAUCAGAUUUUUGAAGGAAAGUAUGAUGCAGUGGUGCCAGAUGUGACAAUCAUAACAAAUCAGUUGAACUAUGUAGAUUUUACAUUGCCAUAUGCACCGUCAGAUAUAAAAAUGCUUGUGAAGGUUCGGCGUGAUCCACGCUUGGAUAUGUGGAUCUUUAUACGACCUUUUAGCUAGGAUCUGUGGCUGUCUAUUGUCAUUGCCAGUAUUUCUACAGGAGGUAUCAUAUUAUUCAUGGAACGUCCUGUCAAGGAAGAUUCAGCACUUGAGAAUUUAGCAUGUAGGACCUAACUUGGUAGGAUUUCUAUCUUGUGGCUUCCUGUAGUGCAAGCAGUUCUUCCUGAAAGGGAAUCAUUGGCCAAGAGUUGUUCUAGGUUUGUGCUGGUGAUGUGGUUGAUACUAACAUUUAUAUUAAUGCAAAGUUACACAGCAUGCUUGUCAUCAAUCAUGGUAGUACAUCAAUUGCAACCUAGUUACCCAAGUGAGUAUGACGUUAGAAUGGACCCCAAAAUCAAAGUUGGAUACCACCGUGACUCAUUUGUUGGCAGCUUAUUGGUAGAUCGCUUGAAGUACGAUAGGUUGAGAGUGAAGAACUACCCUGACAUGGAAGAAUAUAAGGAGGCUCUAGACAAAGGAAGCAAUAAAGGUGGUGUUGAUGCUAUUUUUGAUCAUGUUUCCCACAUCAAGAUCUUCCUCAAUCAAUAUGGAUCCAAGUAUGUCAUGGUUGAAACUGGACUUCGCACAGAUGGAUUUGCUUUUGCAUUCCCCAAAGGUUCCAAUUUGACAUCGUACUUUUCUAGAGCCAUAUUAAAUGUGAGAGAGAGUGAAGAAAUGGACAAGAUUGAGGAGAAAUAUUUUGGAAGUAGCGAUGACAAUGAAGACCAAGGCCUAUCUAAUUCAUCGUCAAACGAAGUGAGUUCCAGCCUCACCACUUAUAGUUUUGCAGGUUUGUUCAUUGUAAUUGUAAUUCUUUCGCUGUUAGCUUUGCUAGUCUCUGAAAGUCACCUUUGGCAAAAACCUGUUAUGCUUGCAAAAACGUAUAGUCGACAAUUUUUGUGUAGAAGUUUUUCAAGAACGAGUCUAGUAGAAGGUUCAACAACAAAAGAAAAUGUUGAUGAAAAAGGUUUUACAACCAGCUGAGAAAAUAAUCAAAUUAUAAUGGAUUGGAAGAUAGAGCUGUCAU